GUGUCCUACGUUAUCCCCCACUGUGGGUAUGUGCCACUGCCACUCAGGACAACAACAACAACAACAACUACGUUUUCCGAGGUGAACGAAAGUAGCGAUGAGCAACCGCUCAACCUCGACAUCGAGUACGAUCAAGAGUGGAAAGAAGCACUCGCUUUCCACUAGCGGCGAGGCAGCAGGUGGCGAGCCGGAAGGUGAAGUCAAGCCACGAUCUCGGAACGUCUCCCGGCAGCCCGGGAAGGACAGCAGUGGGAGUAACAGCAGCAGUGACAGCGGUACGGGCGUUGUCAACCGAAAGACCACGCUGGGCGACGAGCAGUCGACGGCGGAUGUGGACGUCAAGGAUGAGCUCCUGGACGCCGACAUCCACGAUUUGACCAGGAGCGACCAGAGCAACGGCGCUGCCUCGAAGUGGCACAGCGGUGGCGCUCGAAAGGAAAGGUGGUGGCCUGGCAGCAGCAGCCACGGUACCGAUGCUGCCGGCUGGCUGAGCGAAGAUUCCAACGAAGUCGACACCGAGACCCACGCUACAACGCAGGCGUUCUCGGCCAGCCCGGCGACCUCGUCCAUGGCCAUUCUACUCGUCCGCGAACAGCACGAAGAGCACGAGCCGAAGCACGAGUCGUUCCUCAAGACCAUCGCCAAAGCAUCCUCCAGCCUUUCCUCCUUUUCGUACAACGAGCCGCUGAGUCAGGUGUCCAUCGCCAUCUUCUCCAUAUGCCUGCUCUUCGUCAUCGUCGCGUGCUCCGUGAUCGCCUACUCGUGUGGCAUGGGCGCCUGCGCGGAGGCCGCUGACCCGGCGAUCAACGGCACGACGCUGGCGGCGGCGAGGGCGCACAGGAAAACAGACGCCUCGAAAAGCGGCCACAUGUAUUAUGUCCUCUAGGUCAAACGGCCGCCUUUGUACUGUGCGCCGGCAGCUCUGAGCGCUCGCCAUAAUGAUGGCAUACGCACGUGCGGUAUGCGAGGCCUGCGCGGAAUUCAAGCGCGCGCACCUGCUUCGCGACCUGCAAUAUUGAGCAGUACUCAGAACUUAGCUACCAUGCGACGAAACCUCGGUGGUUCCUUUGUUCUGAAGCGCUGUUAAUAAUAAAUGAUGAAACGGUUCUCUAGUUCUACGCGCCCCGCAUAUCAUUAUGCCAUA